AUGGAAGGAAAUAACAUCAGCAACGACUUCGGCGCAGUAACCUGUUGGUCUGAUACAGGGAUUGAACCGUGGUUUGCUCUAUGCCUGGCAAUAACUAUGUUUCUAGUAAUCGCUGCUAACAUAUUAAUAAUUGUGGCUCUCUUCAAAGUACAGAUAUACAAAACCAAACGAGUUGUUGCACCAUAUUUUGCUCUGAGUUUGUCGGUCUCCGAUCUUGUCAUAGGAUCCAUUUUGCUCCCUUCAAAUAUCGUCUUGGUUGUUGUGAAUCCCAACACGCUGGGGAUCACGUUUUGUGGUUUCCAUGGAUACAUAUCUGCUGCUCUCUUUACGACAACACUGUCUAAUUUAUUGAUUAUAAGUUUGGAUCGUUAUGUCUGCGUUUUACAUCCGCUAAAAUACAAGUCUCUCUUAAAACCGCGACGUGCAAUGGUGCUGAUAAUUCUUGCAUGGCUGUAUGGACUCGUAUGUGCAGCCCUACCGAUAUGUCUGGGUUCUAACUACAAAUAUAACUGCGUACUACGUGGAUGUUUUCUAGACCUCGGGAAAGCUGAAGGUAUACCGGCUUCUAUCGUUCUAUUUGUCUUUAGCUACUCGCUUCCUCUCUCCGUCAUUCUGUAUACUAAUCUACGAAUCUAUCGGACGGCUCGUUUGCGCUCACGUAAGAUCAACGAGUGGCAUAACAACGAUCCAAAGUAUCCACCACCGUCAAGUGCGAUUUUCACCGUUUCCAAUCAAAAUAUCAGCCAUCGAGAUAACGAGGAUGAGAACUUAAAUUUAAAUGUGCCUGCUGUCAAACACGUUGUCUCGGCGACUCCAGCACCUCCAACUAGCACCUUAGAAAAACGUCUCAGUAUGGCCAUUCUAUUGAUUCUUAUAGUAAUCGUUGUAUUGCAAACACCUUAUCACGUACUUUUAGUAUCGGCAGCCAUUGGAGGGCAUGCCAGCAAUAAUGUAUUCAUUACAUUUCGUGUUUUUACUUGGAUGAUUUACUGCAACUCACUACUGAAUGCAGCUAUAUAUAGCUACAUUAAUACUAAUUUCCGUAGACGCUUGAAACAAAUUACCUGUGGCAGAGACGGCUCGAAGAAACUUCCAUCGGAUAAGAAUAUGAAAGAGGAUUUGCCCCACUGCACUCGUGGGGAUAAGACACUUGUUUACCCCGUGCGAGUGGAGUCUCUGAAUUCGGACAUAUUUGGUCAAUACAGCAUGGUUAUCAGCAGACAUACACCUACGGAUAGUCUUGUAGCUACAUACUCGUGUUCCUCGUUUAGUCCAUCGUCUCCAGAAACUUUGCGGGAAACAAACGCAAAAGAAAAUGUGAAAACUAAAGAGAGAGACAAGAAUCUUAGUAGACAGUUGUCACAGAUUCUAUUACCGAGCCAAAGACUAAAGCGUCAAGAAUAUCCACGAACUAUUAGCAAAUCCCUUGCCUGGAUGUCUUCUGACUCCCGCGUAAGGAAUGUUGAUUCAGGGAAACGGAAAAAACUGAGCGGCAAAUCGAUAUCAAAGAGGUUCUGGGAACUAGACCAAGAAAUGGGCAAGUGGGAAACGUGUUUAAAUGAUGAUUUAAGCAGCGCUGCUAGCGUUGUAAAUUAG